AUGGCUAACACUCUGUGCGGCAACGGCUGCGUGGCGGUGCCCUGCGGGGACUUGGGCGCCGCGGCGGCGCUCGCGGAGUCCGUGGCGAUGGGCGGCGCGUACCGUGCCAAGAGCUCCUUCCCCGCCGGGAGGGUGGCGCUUACGGCCAGGCCCCAGCCUCGGAGUCUCCAUGUGGCGGCUGCUGGCCAGAUGAACGGGAACCUGACGAUUGGCAAAGCCAUGAGGUGGUGGGAGAAAGUGACGCAGCCAAACAUGAGGGAGGUCCAGUCCGCGCAGGACCUCGCCGACUCCCUGCGCAACGCCGGCGACAAGCUCGUCGUCGUCGACUUCUUCUCCCCCGGCUGCGGUGGCUGCCGCGCUCUCCACCCAAAGAUUGCGCAAUUCGCCGAACGGAACCCGGAUGUGCUGUUCCUGCAAGUGAACCACGAGCAGCACAAGUCCAUGUGCUACAGCCUCCAUGUCCAUGUCCUCCCUUUCUUCAGGUUCUACAGGGGAGCUCAGGGCCGGGUCAGCAGCUUCAGCUGCACCAAUGCAACGAUCAAGAAGUUCAAGGACGCGCUUGCGAAGCACAGUCCGGAAAGGUGCAGCCUCGGCCCAGCGCGUGGUCUGGAGGAGUCGGAGCUCUUGGCUCUGGCUGCGAACAGGGACUUGCAAUUCACCUACAGCGAGAAGCCGACGCUCGUGCCGAUAGCGGAGGCCAUCAAGAUGGAGGCUGCUGCAAUAGGUGGCCCGUGGCUGCCAUUGCCUCCGAGCGCAACGCACUUCUUACCUCAGGGAUCUGAUGAUGCCCUGAUCCCCUCCGGAAGAUAGUAGUUGGAGACCAAGUGAAUCCGGCCAAUUAUGUACAGAUUUUACUUUUUUGCUUGUUGUACUUAUUAAGAAGCAGAAUCUCAGACUCAAGGUUUUAGUUUUUAUAAGCCUUCUGAAGUUCUAUGGAUUGUGUUGUUGGUCUUGCUCAAGCAUGAUAAUCCUUGCUUAAUGACCAAAGGGAUGCAUUGUGUCUA